CACAGUGGCCGAUUAAAAGCAAGCACAAAAACCAAAAUCCCUAAAAACACACACAUCAGUCAUCAAACUAAAAAAAGAAUUAAAUAAUAAAAAAGCGAUCGAGGUCAAUAUGGGAGUUGAGAAGGAAGUAAUCCGACCCGGAAACGGCCCUAAACCCGCACCCGGUCAAAAUGUCACCGUUCACUGCACUGGAUUUGGGAAGAAUGGUGAUCUUUCUAAAAAAUUCUGGAGUACAAAAGAUCCAGGACAGGAGCCAUUCACCUUCAAAAUUGGUCAAGGCCAAGUUAUCAAAGGUUGGGAUGAAGGUGUUUUGGGAAUGCAAUUGGGAGAAGUUGCUAGGCUAAGGUGCUCACCUGACUACGCUUAUGGUGCCGGCGGAUUUCCUGCAUGGGGCAUCCAGCCAAACUCAACUUUGGUGUUUGAGAUUGAAGUUCUCCGAGCACAGUAGAAUGGUGCUUUCUCAGAGCAAAUGGCGUAUGAGUUCUUGAUAUGGUACUACUCAAGUGCUUAAAAAUGUGUGAAACUAUCAUAAACUUUAAAACCUGUCGGAACUUGUUAUGACUUGUAAGGAUCUACUAUGCUUACCAUGAUUGUUUCCUGAGUAGUUAACAUAUGUGUGCUUUAUCUGAGAGUUUUCAGAAGGGAAAAGUUAUUAGCUGUGGAAAUAAAAAGUGUUCUCUGCCAAUGGAAGUUUUUAUUGCA